AUGUUGGACCAAAUGGCGAACGAAAUCAAGCUCAUCUCGGGCAGCUCCCACCCGGAUCUCAGUGCCAAGGUCGCCAGUCGACUCGGCAUUGAGAUCGCCAACACCAUGAGCCUCAACUACUCCAACCAGGAGACCAGUGUUUCCAUCGGCGAGUCUGUCCGUGACGAGGACGUCUUCAUUCUCCAGUCCACCGCCCCCGGAGACGUCAACAAUGGCUUGAUGGAGCUCCUCAUCAUGAUUCACGCCUGUCGCACAGCUUCGGCCCGGCGGAUCACCGCCGUUGUUGUCAACUUUCCCUAUGCUCGGCAGGACAAGAAGGACAAGUCUCGUGCUCCCAUCAGCGCAAAGCUCAUCGCAAAUAUGCUCCAGGUCUCAGGAUGCAAUCAUGUGAUUACUAUGGAUCUUCACGCUUCUCAGAUCCAGGGCUUCUUCAACGUCCCUGUGGACAACCUCUACGCGGAGCCCUCAGUCCUUCGAUGGAUCAGCCAGAACCUUGACGUUGAGAACUGCGUCAUUGUUUCGCCUGACGCUGGUGGUGCCAAGCGUGCCACCUCGAUUGCUGACCGUCUGAACACCGGUUUUGCUCUCAUCCACAAGGAGCGCCCUCGCCCCAACGUUGUUGGCCGCAUGGUGCUCGUUGGUGACGUUCAGGACAAGGUUGCCAUUCUCGUCGAUGACAUGGCUGACACCUGUGGAACUCUUGCCAAGGCUGCCGAGACGGUGAACCAGCAUGGUGCCCGUGAGGUUUAUGCUAUUGUUACCCAUGGUAUCCUUAGUGGUAACGCCAUUGAGACCAUCAACAAGUCAUGCCUCUCUGGUCUUGUUGUGACCAACACCGUCCCUCUUGGCGAUAAGAUCGAGCGCUGCCCUAAGCUCAAGGUCAUUGAUGUUUCCGGCACCCUGGCUGAGGCCAUCCGGAGAACUCACAACGGCGAAUCUGUGUCGUACCUGUUCAACAACGUUCCCGUUUAA